GAAUUAUAUUUCGAGGGAGAAAGAGAGGAGAGGAGAGAGAGAGAUGGCAGCUUCGUCUUCUAGAAUGGUGGCGGCAGCGGCCGAGAAGGUGGGGGCGGCCGUCCGGCGGCAAGCCCUGACCUUGACGGACUCGGCGGCGGAGAGAAUUCGUCUCCUUCUACGGCAGCGGCAACGUUCGUUCCUCAAGCUCGGCGUGAAGGCCCGUGGCUGCAACGGCUUAUCGUACACCCUCAACUAUGCAGAUGAGAAAGCCAAGUUUGAUGAGUUGGUUGAGGACAAAGGUGUGAAGAUAUUAAUUGAUCCAAAGGCUCUCAUGCAUGUCAUAGGAACCAAGAUGGAUUUUGUGGACGACAAACUCAGGUCCGAGUUUAUAUUCAUUAAUCCAAACUCUAAAGGGCAGUGUGGCUGUGGAGAAUCUUUUAUGACUACGAGUAGUGCAGACGCAGCAAAGCCCCGGGUUAGUUCAGGAUCAUAAAUCAUGACAAACACGGGACAAAUGAAAUGUAGCCCGAUUAAUUCGCAUACAUGGCCCAAGAGUUCAGAUUACUUGGGUAUUUUUCUAGAAUUGGCCGCACUUUUUCUUCGAAGUUUGUUGCCAAUAUGUAUCCCUUUAACCCCGUAUUCUUUUUGCUUCUAGCUAUGUACAUUUUCUUCGCACGAAACAGUUACUGUAGACAAUAUACUCAAGAGUCCCUGUUGUACAUUAGAGAAAUAAAAUUACCCAAUUGAGGCUUCUGGAGCAA